UAUAUAUAUUUAUCGCCUGUAAAGAGCCAGCCGAGCAGCCCAGCGAACCAGAUGCACGGCCGCCAAGCUCAUCCCGCCACCGCCGGCACCGUCUCCCCGAUCUCCGACUUCUAUCAACCCAAGCAAGGCAAAAAGCGGGGGAGCUACAACUGCGGCCGUUGCGGUCUUCCCAAGAAAGGCCAUAAAUGUCACAUUCCGGCCGAUACGACCCCCACUGACUCAGACUCUUAUACUCCCGCCGCCUUGCCUUCGCCCCCUUCCGUCGUCAGGCCGCUUCCGUCGACACCGCCACCGGGCCAGCCCCACCCGUACCUUAGGCGAGCGCUCUCUUUCGACGACAUUGACGUCCGAGAUUCGCUGGAUUCUGACGAUGAAGAGGAGUACGAUGCGCCGGAGCUGGAAACUGUUAUUGAUUCCGGCCGAUUGCCGAUGAGAUGCCUGUGGGAAGUGCUUAGGAGGUUACCGCCGCCGGCGAUUCUUUCGGCGGCGAAAGUGUGCAAGGGGUGGAGGGACACGGCCAGGAGGCUCUGGCGGGCGGCGGAGGAACUGAGGCUUAGGGUUCCGGCGAAGGCCCAGGUUGGACUAGUUGGAUCGGUUUUGCAGAAGUGUCCGGGACUAGUUCGACUCUCGAUUAGAAUGGAAAGUGAUGUGGAUGCAACGAUGCUUGCUUGUGUUGCAUUCUCUUGUCCCAAUCUGGAGGCUAUGGAAAUCUUUACAUCCAAGACUUCAGUCAAUCGAAUAACUGGGGAUGAAUUGGGCCGUUUUAUUGCUGAUAAAAGAUGCCUUGCGAGCCUUAAGAUGGAAGGUUGUUUUAGCCUUGGAGGUUUUGUUCUUUCUUCAUCAAGUCUUUCUACUCUUUGGCUUUCAGAUCUUCACUCUCUAUCUAAGAUGGUUUUCAACUGCCCCAAUUUGAAGGAGAUUUCUCUCAGUUUUUCCUGUCAAGAAAAUGAUAAUACUGAUCUUAUUACUAUGGUGGAUAGCUUGGGAAGGGGCUGUCCAAGGCUACAGAAUGUACACAUUGCAUCAGUUCAUCUAUCUCAUGCUGCUGUUCUUGCCCUAACAGCUGCAAAUUUAAGAUGGUUGCAGAUGCUUUCUCUUGUGCUUGGAUCAGAGAUCACUGAUGCAUCAGUUGCAGCAAUUGCCUCAAGUUAUUCAAACCUAGAAUUGCUUGAUCUAAGUGGGUCUUCCAUCAGUGACAGUGGCAUUGGAAUGAUCUGCAAUGUGUUUCCAGAAACACUAUCAAAGCUUCUUCUUGCCCUUUGUCCCAACGUUACUUUGAGUGGAAUCCAAUUUGCUGCCGCCCAACUGCCUCUUCUUGAACUCAUGGAUUGUGGGAUGACCCUAUGUGAUCCAAAUUCCCUAGGCUCAGUCUCUGAAGAAAUCAAUGAAUGUGAGUUGCAGAAAUUGUCCGACAGCAAACUACACUUUAUCUGCCAGAAACUAAUCAUCAAACAUGGAAGACUAAAAAAGCUAAGCUUGUGGGGAUGUUCUGGUUUAGAUGGUUUAUAUCUGAACUGUCCACAACUUAAUGAUCUGAAUCUAAAUGGAUGUAAAAAUUUGCAUCCAGAGAGAUUGCUGCUUCAGUUACCACGUUUGGAGAAUGUGCAUGCAUCAGGCUGUUGUGAUAUGUUGGUAGAAACUAUUCAAAGCCAGGUCUGUAAGGAAUCUGCUGCUAUGAAAAAUCAUUAUCCUUUCAAGCGAUUAGCUGAUGGCUCCAAGAGAGUUCGGGUCCCACAUUUUUUCAAUGAUCAGGCGUCUGAUCAUGAUGAAAAGCAGAGAUUUGUCAAAAGGCAGUGCAUUGUGGUUGUAGAUUAAUGCAAGAUAAGCCUUAUGAAAUGGCCAACCAAUUUGACUGAUCCAAAGCUCAAAUUGUUCACAAACAGGCCUUUUUUUUUUUUUUUUUUUCAGAUUUUCAUGAUCAUGGUAGAGAACUUGGGUCUCAUAUCUCUAAAAUAAAGAAUUCCUUUUUUGUUUUUUAUGUUCUCAAAUGUAUAAAACAAAGAAUAAGUUGUUAUGUAGCUAGCCAUUGCACUAAUUUGGCCAUUUGGUGGAAGUCAUCUUGGUACAACGACAACUAGCACUUGAUUCCUUCCAUUACUGGUUUUAGGUUGUCUUGUUAUAAACAAUAAAGCCUACAAUAGUAUCUCACUUGCAGUAAUUUUAGGUUGCAUGAAAU